AUGAUGGAGUCCUCUCGCGGUGGUGCACCUUGUUCUGAUGACACAAGCGGCGGCGGGCUCGUCGACGGCAGCGGCGGCGCGCGGCUGUUCCCGUGCCUGUUCUGCAGCAAGAAGUUCCUCAAGUCGAAGGCGCUGGAGGGCGGGCACCAGAACGCGCACAAGAAGGAGCGCGUCGCCGGCAGCAGCUGGAACCCCUGCGGCACCUCCUACGCCGCCGCGCUCGAGCUCGACGCGGCGCUAGCGGCCGCCGGCCGCGCGCUUCCGUCCACGUCGUCGAUGUUCGUGGUCGUGGCAGGCGCCCCGCACUGCGGCGCCGGGUGUCACGACCCCGACGCCGGCGCACGCAUCGCGGCAUGCCACGCGUCAGCCUUGCCGUCGACCAUACUCGUGUCGCGUGUCAGCCUCACCAUCGGCCAUCCUCGUCCACUACACGCCGCGCCGCGCCCAUCCUGCGACCUAUCAAAUUGGGCAGUUCUGGCUAGGGAGGCGUCUUACCUGGCCGCCGGCGCCGCCACGGCGCUGAGCUUGGAGCUAGCGAGGUGGACCGGUGGGCACGAGCAGCCAGCGGCCCUGCACGGCGUUGCCGGCCCGAUCGAUGAGACGCUCAACUGGACAAGGGGCACGCAGGCGCCCGCCACGGCCCCCAAGGCGACGACAGACUCCUCCGCCGCCAGCGUGGAGCCCGACCUCGAGCUGAGGCUGUAG